AUGGAAAAUUGGUCGGGAUACAUUGGUCCGAUCUCGCCCUUCUCGACGUAUUCACCCGUUUGCAACUCGACGCAGACAAACCUGUCGCGCGCCCACACUGCGCCCUGCGUCACUGUCCCACCGUCUCAAGGUCCUGAGCUCUGCAGCAUCCUGCAGGCCAACUUGAAACAGCCCGAAAACUGGCGUCAUUCCUUGACCAUCACCAAGAUUCCCGAGAGUGGAGAGUUCAAGCCGGAAGAUCUCCCCGUGUGGAACUUCGACGGUUCUUCCACUGACCAGGCUCCCGGCGACAACUCCGAUGUCUACCUCAGACCCGUUGCCGUCUUCCCUGACCCCAUGCGCGGUGUUCCCAACAUCCUCGUACUCUGUGAAUGCUGGAAUGCCGAUGGUACUCCUAACAAGUACAACCACCGCUAUGAGUGCGCCAAGUUAAUGGAGGCCCACGCCGAGCACAAGCCUUGGUUCGGCCUUGAGCAAGAAUACACACUCUUCGACAUGGAGGACAGGCCCUACGGCUGGCCUAAGAACGGUUACCCUGCUCCCCAGGGUCCCUACUACUGUGGUGUUGGUGCUGGCCGUGUCAUGUGCAGAGAUAUUGUCGAUGCUCACUACAAGGCUUGCUUAUACUCUGGCGUCAAGAUCUCCGGUACCAAUGCCGAGGUUAUGCCCGCCCAAUGGGAAUUCCAGGUCGGCCCUUGCGAGGGUAUUGAGAUGGGUGACCACUUGUGGAUUGCCCGUUUCCUUCUCCACCGUGUUGCCGAGGAAUUCGGUGCCAAGAUCUCAGUCCAGCCUAAGCCGAUUCCAGGCGACUGGAACGGUGCUGGUCUCCACACCAACUUCUCUACCAAGGAGAUGCGCACUGAGGGUGGCAUGAAACACAUUGAGGCCGCCAUCAAGAAGCUUGAGGGUCGUCACCAAGAACAUAUUGCUGUUUAUGGUGAGGGCAACGAGCUUCGUCUAACCGGCCGACACGAGACCGGUGCCAUCGACCAAUUCAGCUUCGGUGUCGCCAACCGUGGUGCCUCUAUUCGUAUCCCCAGAGAAUGUGCCGCCAAGGGCUACGGCUACUUUGAGGACCGACGACCUGCCUCUAAUGCCGAUCCUUACCAGAUCACUGGUAUCAUGAUGGAGACAUGCUUCGGCCCCGCGAAGGAGUAA